CAGGAGCUCACCGGGAGGGCACGAGGUCGUUGUUGAGCCGGGCCUCGUCAAAUCCCUCCUGAUCUUAUGUUUACCUUCUUUUCGGCCUCCCAAAGGGUUUUAUGGUAAUUAAAGAAGAUAUACUUCAACUUUAAAAAACAGUGUUAUUAUCCCUCUCCGUUAGUCGGAAAUCAAGGCACUGCAAGAGAACAUUGAUAUCAGCAUGCACGACCAAAGUUCAUCACCUCGACACCACUUUUGUUGCUGUUGUCGUCUGAGGUCAAAGGCCACUCCUCUGAUAAGCGAUCAGCAAAACAAGCAAAUAGUGAUAGCAGUAUAUAAACAGCAGUUUAAACACUGUCGUCUGCAUCUGCACAAAUUACUGACAACUUGAUCGUGCAUCGCAAUACUGUGCUCCUCGCCCUAGUAGUCUGUUGGUUUUACUGUAAACACUGUAUACACUUGUGGCUAGUACUCGUCACUAUACAAGCUCUCUACCACACUGUUACAGGUCUGCUCCUGAACACAACUGCACAAUUAUCAAGAUGGCGGAAAGCUCGGUUCUCGAAUCGUCAAAAUGUCCGUUGGUAUUCCUUGGCAAGACGGGGUUAAAGGUCUCCAACAUCUGUCUCGGCACCCUGACCUUUGGGAAGUCAACAACCCUGCCAAGCUUAACAGACAACAUCGACGAGGAGUCUGCUUACAAACUGAUGGAUCGGUUUGCCGAGUGGGGAGGUAACUUCUUUGACACGGCGGAUAUCUACGGUCCUAAGGUGUCUGAGAGGAUUCUGGGCAACUGGCUUCAAAAACAAGAGCGGGACAGGUUCGUCAUCGCCACCAAGGUUCGCCAAGCCACGGACAGGUCCAACCCCAACCGGGUGGGACUAAGCCGCCGACACAUCACACGAGCCGUGGAGGAGAGUCUGGGCCGUCUACAGACAGACUUCAUCGACCUUUACCAGAUUCACGCGUGGGAUCCUGCCGUCCCUCUGGAGGAGACCUUACGGACUCUGAACGACCUGGUGAGGUGUGGCAAGGUGCGCUACCUGGGGGCCAGCAACCUGAUGGGAUGGCAGCUACAGAAGUGGAUUCAGGUAGAAGAAAAGUUGGGACUGGAACCUGUUGUGUCCCUCCAGCAAUUUUACAACCUUCAUCAGCGGAUGUCCGAAUGGGAGGUAUUUCAGGUGUGCAAAGGUAACGGCGUGGCGGUGUUGCCAUGGAGCCCUUUGAACGGGGGUUUGUUGACGGGAGGAAUUACCCGAGAUCAGCCACCUGAGACAGGACGCCUGGGGCAGGAGGCAAAGCAGGACAACAACCAGACAGUGUGGCUCAACUGGAAUAAACAUCGAAAAGAUGAUCGCAUCUGGAAUGUUCUAGAUGUCACCAAACGCAUCGCUGCUGAACGUGGUAAAAGUCAGGCCAGGUGGCGCUCCGUUGGCUGCUGCAAAAGGACAUCGUUGCCUCCGUCGUCGUUGGCGUGCUCAACCAACAGCAGCUGGACGACAACAUGGGCGCCGCCACCGGCUGGACACUGACACCGGAAGAGAUGGAAGAACUGGACAAGGUGUCCCAGCUCCAGUGGUCCUAUCCAUACACCAUGCUCAGGGGGGAUCGCGUCAACCCCUUUCACCCUCCGCUUAACGUGUAGAUGUGGGAGGUUACUAUCCUACUACUUGUGAAUUGUUACCAGACACUGUCCGAUGAUAUGGUUAUCAGAUAAGUACAAAAACAAUGUCCGGCCUUAGACGGCAAAUCUGUUUUGCUUCAGAGGAAUAAUUAUGAUUACAAUGAUUGUAAUGAUUGUGUUUAUGCUGAACUGGCGUUCGGUGGUGUGGGCCUCAGUGAUGGCAUACAGUUCUAGAACAUUUUGUUUUAUUUUUAACUGUAUUUACAAGGAUUGGCUCAAAAAGAAAAUUUGGUAAUGUGAAGCACAGUGCAUCGGGAACAGCACGAUGUCUCGCCACUAGUGUCUAGUGACCAUCUGUUCCUUGAGGACGAUUCAGCAUGGAGGGCUCUAUUCCUCUUGUGGGCACAGCUGUGACUAUAUCACCAUCAAACAGUUUGCGAAAUGAUAAUAAUAAAUUGUUGUUGGUUUUGAAAACUAAA